CACGAUCAUACGCAUCGUUGCCAGCCGUAAGAACCACUUUAGUUUAGUGACAGUCGGACAUUAAAAGACCGGCUAACACAGCUGAGCAUCACGUUCAAGAAAUUGACAAACGCUCGUUUAUUCGGUCAGAACAGGAGAUGUGGUCCAGGGUGGCUCUUCGUCAUGGCAGAACCCUCUCGAGGACGUUCACUUCCAGUUACCCCAAACCCUACUCAGUGCCAGAUGGUCCAGUUGGUCAAAACAGAGCAGCUAGGCUGGAGCUGGCUGCCGCUUACAGAGGUCUGGACUUGCUGGGCUUAAACGAGGGAGUUUCGAACCAUCUGAGCGCCAUUGCCCCAAAGGCCGAUGGUAACGGCGAGAUCAUGUUAGUCUUCAAUCAGGGAUUGCACUGGAACGAGGUGACGGCCAGCAACCUGGUAGGCCUAGACAUGACUGGUCAAACAGUCGAAGGAACUGGGGCUCCAGAGACCACGGCUUCCUGCAUCCACAUCUCCAUCCACAAAUCGAGGCCAGACAUCAGGGUGGUUAUGCAUACGCACCAGCCUUAUGCCACCACAUUAGCGAGCUUACAAGACGACUUCAAAAUGGAAUUGGUCCAUCAGAAUUCCCUCAGGUUUUGGAAUCGAAUUGCUUACGAUACUACUUACAGUGGAGUUGCCUAUGCCUUUGAGGAGGGAGAAAGAAUGGCCAAGAUUUUAGGUGAUAAGGAUGUUCUGAUGCUGGCAAACCACGGUGUGAUAGCUGUGGCUCCAACUGUUUCCAUGGCCUUUGAAAUGCUGUAUUACCUGGAGAGGGCCUCAAUGGUACAGUUGCUGGGCAUGUCAACGCAAAAGAAGAUGAGGACCAUACCAGAGGCAGUUCCAAAGGCGAUGUUCAACGAAUACAUGAAAAGAGCGCAAACUUAUGCGGACGACUUUUUCUACGCCAUCUAUCGGCAGCUGAAGAUGUCUCAACCAAGCUUCGAGAGCUAGCUAAACAAGUUGUGGACCCAUCGAUGACCAUAGUAUCUAUAAUAUCACUCAAUGCCAGAUUGUCUCAUCAGAUUAUAGUGUAUUCUUCAUAUGUAAAUGCAAAGGCUUCGCACAAAAUAGUUGCAAACUUACUAAAUAAAUGUCUACUUUUCUAAAAUCAUUGGGUGAUUGUUUU